AGCGAGGAAAUGAGAAUUAAGAGACUUGGGAUGUACCCUAUGACAGUCCCGUCUAUGGUCCAGUCGACAAACCGAUCGAUGACGCUCCGUUCCACCAGCCAAUGACGUGGAGGUAAACAAAGCGCAGGCAGCGGUUCUUGCUCCCUGUCGACAAAACCUGGUAGGUUCAAUCAAAUUAGAUUUAAAAUCAUUAACGGAACUGGCUUUUUUUCCCCACCUGUAAAAAGGUGACUUAACUUUAGUCCAGCACUGCCGACCACAAACUGCGAACACUCUUCAUCUGCAAUGACAGAUAAAGUCAACGAGCUCGUGUCAAAGUGUCUGCAGGCCCGGGACAUGGCAUACUGUCCGUACAGCCGGUUCCCCGUCGGUGCCGCCAUAUUGACAGCAGAUGGCGCUAUAAUCACAGGCUGUAAUGUGGAGAAUGCCUCCUACGGUCUGACAGUGUGUGCUGAGCGGACGGCCGUCCAGCGGGCCGUGGUGGAAGGACACAGACAGUUCACUGCCAUUGCUGUGACAUGUGAUAUCAAAGACCAAUUCGUUGGGCCGUGUGGAGCAUGUCGACAGGUUCUCAUGGAGUUUGGAUCAGACUGGAUCGUAUACUUGACCAAGCCGGACGGAUCUUAUAAAGAAACCAGCCUCAGUGAACUGUUGCCUCUUGCCUUCUCCCCGGCCCACCUCGCAAAGAACUGAUGAAACAUCAGCUUCCUCUUUAGACAUCACUUUUUUUCUAGCUGCAGUGUCUCUUUAAUUAUGUUAUAGCAACACUGCAAAUUAGGAAAACAAUAAAACACAUUUUUUGCCCUCAA